AGGCGAUGGAGACGCCGAGCGGGAAGACGGUGCCAAGCCCCACCGAGGCGCAGCGCGUCUUCGAGCUAACGCCCGUGUGCAUCGGCCGCAGUCGUGACUGCGAGCUCUCGUUCUCGUCCGAGGCCGCGCUCUCGCGCAGCGUGAGCAAGAAGCACGCCAAGAUAUACCCAUGCCUAUUUGACAGCAACGAACAAGUCCGCUGGUUCAUCAAGGACCUCGAGAGCAAGCAUGGCACGUACGUCAAUGGCGAUGAGCUCACGCGCGGUACGUCGAUUGAGAUCUUCCACGGCGACGUCAUCGUGCUCGCCAAGCACCUCAGCGACAGCUUUGAAAUCAAGUGCUUCCUCGAAGGCCGUGGCAACGCCAAGAUCGUCCUCGUGACCAAGAACCCGCUCAACCGGCAGCCCAUGAUCGCGCCCACGAGCCCGCUCUCGUCGGCCGAGAAGCGCAAGCUGGCCAAAGACCCGCGCGAGCUCUCGGUGCAGAAGCGAUUCCGAACGCUCGAGCGCGAAGAGGCGGCCAAGCCAGGCCUUGGCCAGUCGCCGCUCAAGUGCCCCGUGUGCUUCGAGUACUUUAUCGAGUCGAUGACGCUCUCGUGCUCGCACUCGUUUUGCGGCAGCUGCCUCCAGCACUGGCUCCUCAAGUCCUUGUCAUGCCCCACCUGCCGUGUCGCCGUGGCCUUGCUGCCUGUCCGGACACGGACGCUCGACGACCUCUGCCUCCAGCUCAUCGACCCUUCAAGCGAAGCAUGGAUCGCGCGUCAGAAGGCGCACAAGGCCGAGCUCGAUGCGCAUCUCCGCAAGGCGCGCAAGAUCCGCAAACAUUUCCUCGAGCUCCAAGGCCAGCCGUGGCCGACCAUCUGGAGCAUUUGGCACUCGGCGCGCGACCGCGACGCCUUUGUACACAAGCUGGCGACCGCAACCGGCGUCGUCCGCGUCGCGUGGUGCGAAGCCGUCGGGCUCACCGACGACGCGAUUGGCACCCAGUCGCCAAUCAAGCUCCUCAACGCGCUCUGCAACGUUUUGCCCGAAGCGUGCUUUUCAUCGAUGGAGAGCUCCGAGAUGCGCAGUCGACUACGCCUCUUCCUCCACUACGGCUAACGCGCCGUCCCUCUAGACCCACCUCAAUAGACUCGU